AUGGCGGCAGAGCUCCAGAUAGUGUCUCGUCUUGCAGACAACAAACCCACCACCUGUUCAUUUUCCAUUGAAAGUAUCCUUGGAUUGGACAAGAAAAGGGACCUAAACUCAGCUGCCAUAAGACACUACAGGCCCUGGAUGGAUAACUACUACAGCAGAGAGGUGGGUACACAAUGCUGGAGACUACCUAUCAUCAGCUAUGAGAUACCUCUACAACUGCACCCAGCAAAAUAUGCUAUAGAAAAGGAAGGGGAUGUCCAGUAUGAAAAGUGCUGCCCAACAAGAGAACGACUGACGUAUAAGAGAGAAUUGAGCUGGUAUCGGGGAAGGAGACCUAGAACUGCAUUCACUAGAAGCCAAAUUGAAGUUUUGGAGAACGUUUUCCAAGUCAAUUCAUACCCGGGAAUAGACGUCAGAGAGGAACUUGCUAAUCAAUUGUCUUUAGAUGAGGAUAGAAUUCAGAUCUGGUUUCAAAACCGCCGCGCCAAGCUGAAGAGAUGCCAUCGGGAGUCCCAGUUCCUCAUUGUGAAAGAUUCACUAACUCCACAAGUCCAAGAAUAAUGAGCUCUCCACGACAUAUUACUGUAACAUUACUGUAAAAUAUAUCCAAUAUAUCCCUCCAAACAAAGGUGUAAUGUCUCUGUUUAACCAUUGGACCCAUAGAGGUUUGGAGCGAAAUGAUAUUGU